GAUUCAAAGAUUUGCCCAAAUUCUUUUGGAAGAUGACAAAGACAUGAAUAAGAAGAACAAAUACGAGACUUUUAGAGAUGAAAGUGAAAAAACCAAGAAGACACUUCUACACUAUGCAGCAGAAAGGAACUUCUACCACUUAGCUCGCACCCUGAUAGAAUACUGUCCUGGUCUUCUGGCACUCAAGACUGCAGCAAUUGUAUCUGAGAAGAAGCGUGAACUUCUACCUGUGGAAAUUGCAUUGGACAAGGAAAACGAUGAAGCUGCAGCUGUUAUGCUCAGGCAUAUGAGUCAUGAAAGAGUUCAAAGUAUGUUUUCUUGGAGACCUGACCCAAGUUUGCAGUCACCAAGACCUUCUCAAAUGAGUUUUCACAAGAUUUUAUCGAACCCCAAAAUGAAGAAAUCAACUAUUGCUAUUCUUGAUUGUAUGGUUAAUCCUCAUUGGCCGUAUCUUCCUGACAAAAAGAGCGACUACCUCUCCGUAGAAGAAGAACAAGGCAUCGAGUGCGCCUGGGCCACAGUACCGGAGGACCCUCUGGAUUACCACUUCUUUUACCACGUCCUUGAUAGUGAUGAUUGUGGCAGACCCCCUAAGAUAAAGGACACAACAACCAAUAAAUUGGUCCCUAAUCCUUUCUUCAAUAAGAAAGCUCCAUCGUGUUUAAAUAUCAUCGCUAAUAGUGAUAAUAUAGAUGCUGUCCACCAUCCAGUUGUCAGGAUGCUGAUACGAUUGAAGUGGAAUGCUUUUGGACAGACAUUGCUAUCAAUUCGUGGCAUUACAUAUGUGUUUUUUCUCUUGGUGCUCUCCUUUGCAUUGCUCCAAGGAUCAACAAGUGUUGAUCUCAAUGAAUACCGCGAGCCCUGGGACAGAGUGAGGGCGAUAGCCGAGUUUGCUACUUUUGCGAUGGUUUGUUUUUACAUAUUUGAAGAAAUCAACCAGUUUGCAAGAGAGAAACGCAUGUACCUAAAGGAUAAGUACAAUCUCUCUGACUGGAUUGGCUUGUUGUUACUACUCGCUAUCAUCCCUUUACGAGCCAUCAACCACGACUCACAGUGGCAUGUUGGUUCAGUUGGAUAUCUCGUCAACUUCUUAAGGAUUUUUAAGUUUUCCUGUGUUAACAAGACUGCUGGGUUGUACACAAACACUCUGUUUAGGAUUGUGGUCAAUGAUAUUCCGCGUUUUUUGUGCACAUUUGCGGUGAUAUUCUUUUCCUUUUGUGGUGCGCUGUUCCUUUCUCUGCGCGCUUCAAGCAGUCAAAGUCUUCUAGGCGGUUUUGAACAAGUUCUGUUAAGUGGAAUUAGAGUAUUGGCUGAGGCGCAACCUGUGGCUGAAGAGUACAAAGGAUACAAUUGGCUGUCAAUUCUAUUACUACUGACCUACAUGGGAACUGUGAUUGUUAUUAUGCUCAACAUCCUCAUCGCACAGUUGAGUACAACUUACGCCCAGGCAAAGUACAACGCAAAGCUGCAAUAUGAUGUCGAUCGUAUGCUUCUACUUGCGAGGAUGGAGAACUACCCGUUUUUGAAUCUACGUGUCAAGCACUACAAAGAUGGUGAUUGGAUAAGCGAACUGAAUCUUGCCAAAGAAUUAUUAGAGUUCACCGAGGAACGUCAUUCACUUGAAACCAUCGAACAAAAGCUGAACUCGCUGAGAGAUUUGAUGAGGAAGAUCGUGAAAACCAUGAAACCUGUUGCAGUAAAGGAACAGUGACCAAACUGUACAGCGGUAAUACACCACAGAAUCUGAACCGGUUGUUGCUACUAGCCAGUGGUUAGUCAGAUAAGAGAAAUGCAUGUUGCAUCAGUAAAAAUAAUAGUAAGAGACUUUUUAGUUUUCACAGCUUUUUUAAAAGCAUUGCCAUUGUAAAACAAUAAUGCGAUAAAGGGAAAAGGGAAAUUUAAUAAAAAAGCCUUUAUUCGACAUAAAACAACAAUUAAUAUUUUAGUAUUUUAAUUAUUUUUAAUAAACUAUGUAUCCAAAGAAUUCUGUUAGUCUGUGAAAUCAAAAAAAUUGAAUAAUUAAUCGGAGUUUUAGGACGCGUCCUUCAGAGUACUAUAACCGAUAAAGCCGGUUUUCACUUGGCAUUGCCAUAUGUUCUUAGGAAAGAUGGCGGAAGAUCGUCCUCUUUGCAGUCAAUUUUUCCAGUGAUAUUAGCAAGUCUUUUAGUAAACCAUUUUUUCAAUGAAUUCCUGAGGAAGCAACGAGAUUUUGAGCCCAUAGGAACAACUGCGGUAAACCCAGGUCAUCAAAAGUGGAAAGCAAAAGAUAAAGGGAGAAAAGAUUGAAGGAAAGAAAAGAAAGAUGAUAAAAAACUUUUUAUAAAAAUGCUCGCAAAAUUCAGAGAACUUUGGUUGAGCGCUUCGACGGCUAAGGGGGGUUCCCCGAGUACAUUCCACAACACAUGCCUGCCAGGACACGUCUAAUCUUCUUAAUCAUUCUAUUUGAUAAUUUCUAUAUAUAAUCUUCCACGAAGAAACUAGAAAGCCCUUAGGCAAAUACUCGCUGCAUGAGCAGAAAGCUCUCUGCACUUAAACUGUCACAUCAUUUACAAUCACUAUCCUAGCCCUACUGAAAUAUUAAGAGAGAUAUGAGUUAUCCCGUACGGUGCAUAUGCGAAUAAAAUAAUUAAAAAAGGGCAAUUUUUUAGUUAAUUGUUGUUUUA